AUGGGAAAACGCCGCAAACGCUCUCACGACGAGUACGAGGCUGACAAUCUCAUGGGCGUUGGUGAUGCCUUGUCACGACUCAAAGAUGAAGCCUCUGGCGUCCCGCAGUCUUCAAGUACCGGAAUGGCGAACGACGAUGAUGCAGGGGCCGAGUGGCAGACGGUAGAUCACCGCGCGAAGAGGCGUAAGAAGCCUGCAAGCAAGGAAAAGGGCAAUUAUCCCUCAAUAGCCCACUCGGUUCACUCGCGACUUCAAAGUUUCGUCAAGAUUGGAGAUUUGCAGAACCUUGCGCUGUACUUGCUCGCCGAUGGCACCGCGCCGCAGUGGUGCUCUGUUCGACAUCAUGCGAAUGUCAAGAAAGUGGUGGUCUUGAUGGUCCCGGGUUUGGAGGCAGAAAUGUUCAAUGGCAAGAUUCCUUUGUCGAAGGCGGAGCCAGAAGUGAAGACGGAAGACGGAGAACCGACCACUCAGCCGCCUGCCAAUGGAGCAGCAUUGUCAUCAACGUUGGCCGGAGCUGAUACUGACAGAUCUGAAGAAGGUCAGACAAAUUCUGGCAAACCGAGAUCGCCAGACGACUACUACCCGUCGCCACUUGACAACGGUCGACUGCCGGAGUGCCUCAAGCCAUUUGGUGAUGUCUUUGAGCAUCUGUGGCCCAUCAAGACCCCGGGAGACGACAAAUAUGCCAAGAUGCACUCUCCACUGGCUGCAAUGCUCACUGCUCCCAUGAGUAAGACAAAGGAUGAGAAGAAAGGCAAGGGACCUCAGCCUGUGACUGAAGGCCGUGGUUGGAAGAACCAGCGAACGCCAGUGACCGAAUUCCUCGCCUCGACCGAGGAGCUGACCGAAGAGGGCUAUACACUGCAUCCUGCACACUUCUCAGAUGCGUCGACAGUAGAAGCUGAGGCCGCUCGUCGGAUAUCUACGAAGACAUCUACCGAUCACGGUUGGGUGGAUACGAAGAACAUCCCAACACUUGAGACUGGCACCAUCGCAGAGAAAGACAUCGAGAAAGGCGCUGUCACAGCAGGUAGGAAGGUGCUUGCAAUGGACUGCGAAAUGUGCAUUACCUCGCCUGAAGGCCAGACACCUCAAGUGUUCAGCCUGACCAGAGUGUCGAUCAUCAAUUGGGACGGUGAAGUCGUGCUUGAUGAGCUUGUGAAACCCGCGGACUCCAUCACCAAUUACUUGACACCAUACUCUGGGAUUACCGCUUCGAUGCUAGAAGGUGUCGCCACAACCCUCGAAGACAUUCAACAAAAGCUUCUCACCAUCCUUACACCCGAUACGAUCCUCAUUGGUCACUCGCUCAACAGCGACUUCAACGCCCUCCAGAUCACCCAUCCAUAUGUAAUCGACACGACCCUCAUCUUCCCUCACCCGCGUGGCCCACCCCUCAAAUCCUCCCUCAAAUGGCUCGCCCAGAAGUAUCUCAACCGCGAAAUUCAGAAAGGCCACGGCUCCACCGGACACAACAGCAUCGAAGACGCCCGCGCCUGCCUCGACCUUGUCAAACAGAAAUGCGAAAAGGGCAAAGCAUGGGGCACCUCCGAAGCCAGCGGCGAAAGCAUCUUCAAGCGUCUCGCUCGUGCCUCACGACCAAAGAGAGACAAGGCAAAUCCUUCCGGCGACGAUGAGCCUCGCUAUGGUGCAGUCAUCGACUGGGGCGAACCCACUCGUGGGUAUGGAGCUCAAGCGAAAGUCACCAUCGGCUGUGAAAGCGACGCCGAAGUCGUGGCAGGGAUUGAACGCGCCCUCGCCAGCGACGAGACCAACUCUUCCAUCCCUCCAGGCGGCUGCGACUUCAUCUGGGCCCGCUUCCGCGAACUCGAAGCUCAUCGAGGCUGGUGGUCACGCUCCAAAGCCGUCGACUCGGAGGCCUUACGCACCAAUACCACCUCAGCCGCGACCGCCACCACGCUCGAAGCUACAGUGGCCGCGACCGCGCAGCGCAUCAAAGAAGUCUACGACGGUCUCCCAGCAUGCAGCGUGAUGAUUGUGUACAGCGGCUCGGCGGAUCCGCGUGAAUUGAAUGAGAUGCAGGCUAUGCAGGCGAAGUUCAAGGCUGAAUAUCGCCUGAAGAAGUGGGAUGAGUUGAGUGUCAAGUGGACGGAUGUGGAGGAGCAGAAGCUGAGGCGGGCGUGUGAGAAGGCGAGGAAAGGGGUGGGAUUUGUGGCUGUUAAAUGA